AUGGGCCGCUACGCUGUGCUUGUGACCGGGCCUGCAGGCGCUGGAAAGUCAACAUUUUGUGCAGCGCUUAUGUCGCAUGCACAAAGCCUGGGGCGGAGCAUUCAUUUGUUCAAUUUGGAUCCUGCUGCUGAACAAUUUGAGUACGAGCCGACUAUUGAUAUUCGGGAAUUGAUCACGCUCGAGGAUGUCAUGGAGGAGAUGGACUUGGGGCCGAAUGGUGGUCUCAUUUAUUGUUUUGAUUAUUUGUUGAAUAACCUCGACUGGCUUGAGAACGAGUUAGGUGAAUACGAUAAUGACUACCUAGUCAUUGAUUGUCCUGGGCAAAUUGAGCUUUACACGCAUUUUCCCGUUAUAUCGAGGUUUGCUGGUCUCAUGCAGCAGCAGUUUAACUUUCGAGUAUGUGCAACCUACCUGCUGGACUCGCAUUUCAUGGACGAUAAGGCCAAAUACUUUGCUGGUGUUUUGAGCGCAAUGAGCGCGAUGAUCAACCUUGACAUAUCGCACCUUAAUAUUAUGACAAAGAUGGAUCUAGUCGCUCAGCACGAAAAAGAUGGUUUGUCGUACGCGCAGCGGAAAGAAGUCGAGCGUUAUAUGGACCCCGAUCCUCUUCUUUUCGCGGAUCACGAUGACAGUUUGAACCAAUCAAGAUUUCAUGCACUGAAUCAGGCCAUUGUUCAGCUUGUUGAAGACUACAGCAUGGUAUCAUUUUUACCAUUGGACCUUUCAAACGAGGAGAGCCUGAACCUCAUCUUGUCUUGCAUUGAUAACAUUCUACAAUAUGGUGAAGAUGAGGAGCCCAUCGAGCCAAAAGACAUCGAGCAAGAAGAAUCAGACUUGACAUGA